AUGCAGUACAUGGCGACCAAGGCAUAUCGGAAUUCGCAAACGAAGAAGAGUGAAGAAGUGGCCGGGGAAAAUGAAUCCAAAGAGAAACAACACUUUUACCGCCGAGCAAAAGCAGACUGCCUCAACAAACUAGAGUAUGUGAGAGAAGAUAUGGCCGAGAAGGCGUCCAAUAAAGCGUUUAUAGGAGUAGCCGUCACUGCACUGAUUCUUUGCGUUAGCGCAAUUACUUUUCAUUGCUUUUACGGACCCCAUCCGGUAUGCGACACAGUGUUCUACCGCGUUUUGCCCUUGUUCGACUGCGUUUAUAUAAUGGGAGCUAUUAUUGGACUUAUCGCGGCUAAGCUGAAUUAUCCUCUUCUUUAUGUAUUUUUCAUUGUUUCCGCCUGCUGCACCUGUUCAUGCUACUCGCUCAAUUCUGUAAUUGACCUCAUGGUCCUCACCAAUAGCAUAGAAUCCUUCGGAAAAAAUGAGCCGACAACGGAUGAUAUAACUGGAGAGAUGGUCGAUUGCUCCGACCCCGAUCUCAAAUAUCAUUAUCAACGAGUCGACCUGGCGCUAGAAAUGUUUGGCAUUAUUAUCCACGUGAUGGCAAUCAUUAUAGCACUCAAAUCGCGAAAAAGACUUAUCCAAGGAGAAAUGAGAAAAGCCCGAACAAUGACCCAACUGAACAACUGUCGGAAAGUGUAA